CAACUGAUAAUGCAGAAAGAACUUUUCAUGUCGGUGUUAAACGUGGUGAAGUUGCCAAUCGAAUAUUAACAGUAAAUGAUCACACGAGAGCUUUAACUAUCUCAAAAUUUCUGGAUAAACAUCCCAAACCAUUCACUCUUGAACAUGGUAGUUUCCUUACUAUUACUGAAAUUCGUCAAGUGGUUGAUGGUGAAUUACUCAUAAUAAGAUUGGGAACUUGUGAUUCGAUAGGAAAUCCAAACAUUGGAGAUGUAAUAGUACCGAGUGGAGCAUUCUCCGUUACUAGAAAUUAUGAUUAUUUCAUACGUGGAGUGGAUACAGUAGAUUGUUUACCUAUUGUAGAUAAUCCAUAUAACAUUUCAAAAGUGGCUUAUGGAGAUGAAGAAUUAUGUCGAGUGUUGGAAAUAGAAUUGACUCAUGCUCUUUAUCCAUCACCAAUUUACACUUGCUUGAAUGCGUCAUCUGAUUCAUUCUAUGCUUCUCAAGGAAGAAUUGAUCCAAACUUUUUGGAUGACAAUUAUGAGUUAAUUACUUCUAUUAUUGAGAAAUAUCCGGAUGCUCAUAUUAUGGAUAUGGAAACAUUUAUUCUUUAUCAUUUAGCUAACAUGUGUCAAUAUAAUCCUCAACCUCCUCGAAGAUUAUCUGAUAAUGGUAAUAAUGGAGAAGGUGAAAAUGGAUUAACAAGUUUAAAUG